AUGUUGCAUGAGAAUCUUCCCGGGGAAUUGAUGGAGGAGAUACUCCAUCGUGUUCCAUCUCUAUCUCUUUCCCGGUUCAAAACCGUUUCCAAAGAAUGGAACACACUUUUCAACGACAAGACAUUCAUCAACAAGCACUUGGCUGUUGUCCGUCCUGGAUUCCUUUUAUGGACCAAUUCCAAGGUUUAUUCCGUAGGUGUCAAUCUCAACGAUGAUCCAAAAAUAGAGCUACGUGAGUUGACCUUAGGUAUUCCAGAUUUUCCUGAUCAUAAGACUACAAGCUUUCUUCCUUGCAAUGACUUAUUGUUUUGCGCCUCAUGGUGGUGGCAAAAUAAAGCGGUUGUUUGGAACUCGUCGCUGAGACAAACUAGAUUUAUUGAGUCGGAGGAAAAACAUUUCAGGUUUGGUGGCAUAGGAUACAAUGGUGAUGAACCCGGAGAGGGUUAUCAUAUAUUUGGAUAUAGUAAUAGUCGACGAAGUAAUCAUUUAGAAAAAUCUAUGUUUUACAAAAAAAUGUCUAUCUACAAGUUUGGAAGCAAUGCGUGGAAUUGUAUUAAUGAUGUUCAUGAAGAAGAGACUUUCAUAGGAGGAUCAGAUUCAUUAGAAAACAAUGUGUCUUUGAAUGGAAAUUUGUAUUGGGCUGUUUCUAACUUCACGAUUCCUGAAUAUGUUAUCCACAGUUUCGAUUUUUCGAAAGAGAUGUUCAAAAUCUUUAGCGUUCUACCAUGGAAGAAGAAGAAAUUUGAUAUGCCAGUACUCUCAGUUUAUAGGGGAGAUCGGCUUUCAGUACUAAAUAAGUUUAGAGGAACAGGUAACAUCGAGAUUUGGGUGACGAAGAACAAGGUUAAUGAGGACGUGGAGAAUGUGGUGUGGAUGAUGUUCAUGACACUUUCAAUACCUAUUUAUAAGGGCACUUGCCCAAGUUACUUCAUCAAUGAUAUCUACGAAAAGAGUCUCGUCAUUUGUUGUAGCGACGAAAGUGGAAAGGGUUGCAUUUAUAUUGUGAAGGGAGAUGCAACGAAAAAGAUUCAAAUAGAUUUUAAUGUUAUUGAGUUUAGUCAUUGUUUCUAUGAUCCCAGUUCGAUUCCUAUCUCUUCCGAUCCAGAAACAAACAAUAAUUAG